UAUAAAACCCUAGACGUGGUAAUUUCACCGGGAUUCUCCACUUCGCUCAAACCAAUUUCCGAUUUUUUUCUUUGAGGAACGUUCUUGAUUUCUCGAUUCGAUUUUCUGAGUGUAUCAAGCAUCAUUUAGGUUUUAUUGAGGCUGCAAUCUUUGAAUAAUUAUUGCUUUGAAAAAUCAUAAGCUGAACAUGAGCAAUCUUGAAGUGAGGGAGCCUUCUCUCAGAGGGUAUCGAAGGAGAAAGGCAAUGCUUGAUCUGAAUGUUCCACCCAGUGAAAUCAGAGAAAUGGAGGGUACUUCGCAACAGGCUGGGUAUGAGGAACAAACUAUCCAAUCCGUACAGCUUGGACCACCGGAAACUAUUGAUGUUGAGGCUAUUGAUGAUGAUGCAAUUGAAUCUUCAGCUACAGCUUUUGCAGAAGCUCAGAACAAUUCAAGGAGGAACCGUGGAAGGACUGUUGUUGAUGUAGAUUCAGUUGGUGUAGCUCACAUGUGGUCAACCCAUGAUAAUCCGAAUAGGCUCCGAAGACUUCCUACGAUCCCAAAUGUUAUCAAUUUGGAAAGCUCAACAGAGUCAGUGGUGGAGGAAAUUAUAUUGUCACAGCCACCACGAAAGGCACCAACCUUCAACUGCCCAAUUUGCAUGGGGCCGUUAUCGGAGGAGACGUCAACAAGGUGUGGCCAUAUAUUCUGCAAGGCAUGCAUUAAAGCUGCACUAGCUGUUCAGGCGAUAUGCCCAACUUGCAGGAAAAGAGUCACCAUGAGAGGACUAAUUAGGGUCUUCCUUCCAUCGGUCGCUUGAACAUGAACUCCAUGCCUAACUAGUAACGGAUAAUACAAAGUGCCUUUAGAAAAAGAUAAAAGAGUCGAUUCAUCCUGUUGUUUCAGUGGAGCUAAUUUUGGAAUUUCAGACUUGUAGUUUCAAAACUAUGUUUU